AUGGGUGGCUUCACCACCAACGCCACAAUCAAGUCCUUUGGCGGGCGCUUCCUUAAGUUGUCGCACAGGGCCUUCCAAACCCGCUCGACCCAGAACUUCACUCUCUUCAUUCUGCCCGGCGCGUCCGUCGAGAAGCCCGCGCCCCUCCUCAUCUACCUGUUAGACUUGACCUGCAGUCUUGACGAUGUCACUGAGAAGGGCUUCCUGCACGCCUACGCUGCGCUGCUUGGCCUCGCCCUGCUCUACUUAGAUACCUUGCCGCGCGGCCUCAACCUCCUGGGCGAGCACGACGCUGGCGACUUUGGCAGCAGGGCAUCAUAUGUCCCGUGUAUCUAUCGCCGGCCACUCGAUGGGUGGUUACGGUGUACUUACUUUGUAUCUGAAGUAGCUGGGAAGGCCUUUGAAGGUUACCUUGGCGAGGACCGUGAGGUGUGGAAGAAACAUGAUGCUACGGAGCUGGUCAAGAGCUGGAAGGGUGGGUCGCUGAACUGCCUGAUCGACGUAGGCACGGAUGACAACUUCUAUAAGCAGGGCCAGCUGCUUCCGGAGAACUUUGAAACGGCUGUCAAGGAGACUGACCUGGAGGGACUCGAGCUUCGUUACCAGGAUGGCUACGAUCACUCCUACUUCUUCAUCUCCACCUUCGGCGCCGACCACGUCAAGCACGCCGCCAAAGCCCUAGGUCUAUUUUGA